AUGGCCACUGAUGGACGAUACUUCAACCAAGCUUCGAAACAGCUUGACUCCAAUUGGGAGUUGUUGAAACAAGGUCUAGAGGAGGUUCCAACGUGGCAAGAGUGGACAGCCGACCAAUCUGACGGCAACAAGACCGUAGGCGUAGACCCAACGGUAAUCACAGCUCCUGAUGCCCGAAAGCUGGCAGAGAAGAUCGAGAAGAAAGGCGGUGCUGGUCUUUGUGGAGUCAAGACGAAUCUAGUCGACCAUGUAUGGGGCGACAGCCGCCCUCCGCGACCGAAGGAGAAGGUCAGGACACUGCCAUUGGAAUUUACAGGCAAGAAUUUUGAGGAAAAGAUUGAAGACCUCAGAAAAGAGCUCGAAAAGAAGAAGAGCGCUGGUCUCAUUGUUUCUAUGUUGGAUGAAGUUGCAUGGCUCUAUAAUCUUCGAGGAAAUGACAUUCCUUAUAAUCCGGUAUUUUUCUCAUACGCUAUCAUCACACCUGCGACUGCUACUCUCUACGUCGAUUCCGAAAAAUUCAGCCCCGAUGUAGAAUCUCAUCUUGGAGACAAAGUCCAAGUCAGACCCUACAAUGCGAUCUUGGAAGACACCAAGACGCUGAGUCUAAAGCCAGAGAUAGAACAAAGUAUGGAGACGAACAUUGCGGAGAAGCAGUCUAAGGAGCCAAAACGGAAGUUCAUGAUCUCAACCAAAGCAUCAUGGGCUCUGAGUCUAGAGCUAGGCGGAGAAAACGAGGUGGAAGAACUGCGAAGUCUAGUAGGUGAUGCCAAGGCGGUCAAGAACAAGACUGAGCUAGAAGGGAUGCGAGCUUGUCAUGUUCGAGACGGAGCAGCGUUGAGCGAGUACUUUGCAUGGCUAGAAGAAGAACUGGUAGGAAAGGGGACAGAACUAGAUGAGGUCCAGGCAGCCGACAAGCUUGAAUCAAUACGGGCGACCAAGCGCAACUUCGCCGGCCUCUCCUUCGACACCAUCUCCUCCACAGGCGCCAACGCAGCCGUCAUCCACUACAAACCCGAACCGGGCAACUGCUCCGUCAUCGACCCCAAGGCCGUCUACCUCUGCGAUUCUGGCGCUCAGUACCUUGACGGCACGACCGACACAACGCGUACCUUGCAUUUCGGCACCCCAACGGACAUGGAACGGAAGUCAUACACCUUGGUCCUGAAAGGCGUCAUAGCUCUCGACACCGCCGUGUUCCCCAAAGGUACAUCCGGCUUCGCGCUAGACACCCUCGCUCGCCAGUUCCUCUGGGGGGAGGGCCUCGACUACCGACACGGCACCGGUCACGGCGUUGGAUCUUACCUCAAUGUCCACGAAGGUCCCAUCGGAGUCGGCACUCGCAUCCAAUACAGCGAAGUGCCCCUCUCGGCCGGCAACGUGCUGUCCGAUGAGCCGGGCUACUACGAGGACGGCAACUUUGGCAUCCGGAUCGAAAACAUCAUCAUGGCGAAGGAAGUGGAGACGAAGCAUCAUUUCGGAGACAAGCCGUAUCUGGGAUUCGAGCAUGUGACCAUGGUGCCGAUGUGUCGGAGGUUGAUCGAUGUGGAGUUGCUGAGUGGGAAGGAGAGGGAGUGGAUUGACGACUAUCACAAAGAGGUUAUGGGGAAGACGAAGGGGUUUUUCGAGGGGGAUGAGAGGACGAUGAAGUGGCUGGAGAGGGAGACUGCUGCGCUCUAG